GCACGACAGAGGAAGACGAGGAGGGAAAAGAAACAGCGAGAAUAAAAAGAGCAGGAGCGGGAGGAAGAAGAGGAAGAAGAAGAGGAAGAAGAAGAAGAAGGAGAAGAAGAAGAAGAAGAAGAAGCAGCAGCAGCAGCAGCAGCAGGAGGAGGAGGAGGUGGAGGACUCGGGGGCCGCUGGAUGUAGCCGUUUUGCGGGUGUGUUUCGCGGGGAAUGUGCGGCUCCUCCUCAGCUCCAACUUUGUGAAUCUCUGCUCUCAUGGUGAGAGGAGGACGCAGAGGAUGGGAGUAACCUGGUCCUCCAGAUGCCUCGCUCUCUUUCUAGCUCUACACAUAGUCUCUGUGUUGCAGACGGUGCUGGUCAGUGCUGGUCAAUGUGACUCGGUGUUUAAAGGUUUCUCAGACUGUCUGCUUCAGCUGGGGGAGAACAUGGCCAACUAUCCCCAGGACCUGGACGACAGGGAGAACCUGCACAAGAUCUGCACUUACUGGGAUAACUUCCACUCCUGUGCCACGACGGCGCUGGCCGACUGCCAGGAGGGAGCGACGGACCUCUGGGAGAAACUGAAAAAGGAGUCCCGCAACCUGGAUUUCCGUGGGAGUUUGUUUGAACUCUGUGGCGGCGGCAACGGAGCCCCCAGAUCUGCCGACGCCAGGGGCCUCGCGUUGGUCCUAACCACACUGCCCACCAUACUGACUUGGCUGGCGUUUUAACAGAUACGAGGAAAAAAUAAAAACACAAAGCGAAAAGAAGAAGAAGAAGAAAAAAAAAAAAGGAAAAACCCAAAUGAAAAAAAGAAAAUAGAAAAAGAGUGAUAGCUACUCUUCGAUACAGAAAUUACGACUUCUAGGACUGCGUUUGACUUCAUCACCAGAAAACUACACCCAAAAUGGAGUUUUUACUACGACAUCACUGUACGGCGGCCGGGUUUGCCUUCCUGGGACAUCUGCAGGCCGUCCUCCUGGAGCGCUCAUCCAAUCACACGCUGACCUGACCCAGAGGUCGAUGACAUGAAAUAUUCAACAUGCCGUCGAGCUGAAAUGAUGACAAAGAUGAAAAUUUGAUGGAUUCUUGCCCGCUUACAAACGUGGAAUUACACAGUAUUAAAGUCAACCAUGAAUUAUUGAUGUUUAGUAGGCUAGGCCUAGACAGCACUAUGUGACUGUUGGGUGCUGACACAGUAUCAGGCUAUAUAUUAGGGUUCCCAUGUAGCCUAAAGGCACAUCUUCAUGUGUAACGCGAGGCUGAGCUUAACUCCACAAAAUCAAUAAGACAAGCCGAGGCCUCGAGCCCAUUUCAGACCGCUCACCUCAUUUCCAUCACGGACAGUUUUUCCUUUUUUAUUGCGCCAAGUUGACUCUGUUGAGCCCGGUGGGUUUGAUGGACUGAAUGCUUGAUGGUGAUGUAAUAUUUGUAUUCUUAUUGGCUGUUUAUUGUGCUCAGGCCACGGUCACACCAGCUUUUGUUUAUCAAGUUGAAUUCAUUUGAAUGGAGUCGUCUUAAUCGGUGGUGAAGUCAGUUUUUGCACAAUGUUCUCCUGUACAGUCUCAACUCUUACAGGUAAAUCUGUGGCAUUGACUAAAAGCAAAACUGCAGUAUUGUCUUUGACCCAUGCAGCAUGGCUUGCAGUCAAUCGUGAGCCUGCAGUAGGUGUGUUUUUACAUUUAUAGUGUUUUCCUUUUGGUUGUUGAGUUGGCUAGCACUUACAGAAUCAACACCACCUCUGCCAGUUUCUGGUGUGACCGUAGCCUAAUUCUUCCCCACCAAGCUCUGAGGUGCAGGGAUAUAGUCGAGAGUAUUUAAAGCCUGCUUUUCUUUAAAGACCAGUUUAGACUGAUGUUAACCUGCAUGAAGUCAGUUCAGACCGUCUCAAAACAUUUCAGGAGAUGAGCACAAACUCUGAAAUGUUGAUCAUUGCUGUCGACAGAAAAGAGUAUGGAACAACAGCUGUGACAGUUUUCCACUUAUGAGUUGUUCGCUAAUGGUUUCCACCCACUCAAAAGCAACUUUAAUUCAGUUGCUCCUACUGUUUAGCACUAGCUUGUGUAAGGCUAGCUAACAUUUUGAUUUAGUAAGUAAAACAAAUUGAGGCAAGGCAGCUAAAUUCAGUUUAGCAAGUUGAGUGGUUAGCUAACAGUUUGGCUUAGAGGCCUAAACAAAUUGAUGAAGGCUAGUUAAUGGCCUGAGUUAGUGGCUAAAAUAUAUCAUGUGAAGUUAGCUAACAGUUGAGAUAAGUUAGCUAACAGUUGAGAUUUCAUGGCUAAACCAGAGGUCAGUUAAUAAUUGUUCAAUUAAGCAGUUAAAACCAAAUGAGUCAGAUUAGCUAAUGUGUUUAUUAACAAAUUGAUGAAUGCUAGCGAAGUUUGAGUUAGCCGCUAAGACAUCUUUGAAAUUUAAAUUUAACAGCUAGAACAGAUUGUGAUAUGUCAGCUAACAGUUCAGUGUAGUGACUGGAAGAGAUGGAGUGGCUAAACUACAAUGCGACAGUUUAUAAUUAAGCAGUUAAAACAGAUUGUGUCCAUUUAGUUAACAGGUUAGUUAAGCAUCUAAAAGAGAUAGUUUCAGGUUAGCUAACAGUUCACUUUAGCAGCUAAACCACAUUGAUGAAGAUUAGCCAAUGCUUCAGUUAAGCGGCUAAUCAGGUUGAUGAAGGCUAGUUAAUAGUUCAGAGUUUUAGCUAAAACAGACUGACUGUGGUUAGCUAAUACUUCACUUAAUAUAUUGAAUCAGGUUAGCUUAUAGUUUAAUUUAGCAGCUAAACCAGACUAGCUAACAGUUCAGUUUAAGAGAUUGAAGCAGGUUAACAAUUAAGUUUAGAGGCUAAAACAGACGACGUUUUCGUUAUUAGCUAAAUGGGAUUGUGUCAUGUUAGCUACGCAUUUGGUUUAGCAGCUAAAACAUAUUAACCAUAUUAGGUCAGUUAAAACAGAAGCUAACAAGUGGCAACAGCAGCUAAACCAGACUAGCUAAAAGGUCAGUUUAGUAGUUAAAAGCUAUCAGGUUAGCAUGCUGCAACAUUUGCAAAGAGUUUAGCAUAACAUCUUGAUCCUGGAUUAAAUAAACAAAACUUAAAUAUAUUUUAUGAGGUAAACAUGAGAACAUGUCUUCAGACGUUGUGCUCAUUUCCUGAAUCCCUUGAGUUCAAAGUGUAAGUGGCUGUAGGACACAACCGACCGAUGGAAAACUCGUACGGAUGAUUUCAACGUAAAAGAAGAAGAAGCACAUUAGAUUGAACUGUAUUCAUGUCGGUGGUCGAUUUCCCGCCAUUGUCCUGUCCUGCCACAUCCCUGCUCGGCAGAACCAUGUGUUAGAAACGAAUGAGUCUGUGAGCAAAAGAAAUAGUUGCUGAAAAAAGGAAAGAAAGAGAUAGAAAUUAGAUUUUUUUUGCAAAGCUGACAGCAAUACGAAGUAAUGACUUCAUGGCCAGUGUAGCUAAAAGAAAAAAAAAAAAAUCAAACCGUGGCUGAAGAGCGAUAAGACUGUUGCCAUUUAGCACAUCCCCCCUUUUCAUAUGCCAGUGAUUCAUACUAGACGACCUUAGAGGUGAUAUACAGUAUUUUAGGUCUGUAUGUUAGAUUAAAAAGCCGAGUCCCAACAGUACAGUAGCAUCAUAAACUACAUAAAUACAGUAAAUAAAUUUGAGGAGGUUGUUGAUUUCUUUGCUGAGGCGCAGACGUUUCCACUGCCUUCUGACAAAAAGAUAUGUACUUCUGUUUGUUUGUUGGUUUGUCUCUUUGUUUGUUUAUGGGGAUGUUGCGUAACAAAAAGAGUUUAAAAAAAAAAAAAAAGGACUUAUUCCAAAAGUUAUCUAACAAGAGAAUAUGUAUAUCAAAGAGGAUUUUGAGAAAAUAAAAAUAAAAAAGCUCUAUUAUAGAUAGUCUAUCCCAGACAGUUUUAACACAAGAUUGAUACUUUACAAAUUAUAGGCCUACUGAGAUAUAAAACAUAAAAGAUUGCUAAAAUGAUAAAGAGUAAAUAAAUAAAAUGACUAAUGUUUGAAAAGAA